GUGAGCGGCUGGCCGGGCGAGGCUCCGUUCUGUUCAGUGAAGCUCCAUGCGCCUCUGCGGCUUACUGACAUCGAUCCCUUUUAUAAAGGAUUACUCUCAUUUCUCUUCUGCAAAGAGGACCGGACUGCAGAUGGACCGGAGCCACGUCCUGUUGCUGCUGGCGCUCCUCUCCUUCAAAGAGCCGUCGGUCGUGGCCGCCGCCGCCGACGAAGAAGACGACAACGGGACUCGCGUCAGACUCCGGAUCGCCAGGUCCCAGUUCUUGUGCUUCCAAAGGAUUACCGGAGGAUCCGAUCGCAAAAUUCACAGUAACGGGACUGCCAUAAAUCACUGCAACGCUACGUGGGAUGGAUGGCUGUGCUGGGAAGACACCGAACCUGGAGCGACAGAGCAAAACUGUCCAGACUACUAUCACGAUUUUGACACACGAGCGAGAGCGAUCAAAGUCUGCACGGUGACCGGCGAGUGGGCGCGACACCCGGACAGCAACAGGACGUGGACGGACUACACCGCCUGCAAACCCGACGAAGAUAACUGGACGCCUACGGCGAUGACCCACUUCUACUUGAUCGUCAUUGGUCAGGGGCUGUCCCUCGUGUCGCUCCUCGUUUCCUUAGGAAUCUUCUUCUAUUUCAAAACUUUGAGCUGCGAGAGGAUAACUCUUCACAAAAAUCUUUUCCUUUCAUUUGUCUUAAACUCCGUCGUCACCGUGACCUUGUUCUGCGUGACGCAUGGGGAUUCGCCGAGCGACCAGGGCAGCUGCAAGAUUCUCGCCUUCGUUCACAUGUACAUCAUGAGCUGCAACUACUUCUGGAUGCUGUGCGAGGGCAUUUAUCUGCACACGCUGAUCGUCGUGGCCGUCUUCGCCGAGAAGCAACAUCUGGUGUGGUACUAUCUUCUCGGAUGGGGUUUCCCCCUGGUGCCGGCCGUCAUAUAUUCCGUGGCGCGCGCCUGCUACUACGACGACAAGUGCUGGGUCGGUUCGUCCACGUCCCUGCUGUACGUCAUCCACGCUCCCAUCUGCGCCGCUUUAGUGGUGAAUUUGUUCUUCCUUCUCAACAUCGUUCGGGUCAUCGUCACCAAACUCCGCGUCACGCAUCAGGCUGAAUCCAGCCUGUACAUGAGGGCGGUGAGGGCCACCCUCAUCCUCAUCCCCCUGCUGGGCAUCCAACACGUCCUGCUGGUGUACAAACCCCACGACCACUGGCUCUAUGAGAUUUACCUGUGCGUCGAAGACGUCCUAAUUCAUUACCAGGGUCUCUUGGUUUCUACCAUAUUCUGCUUCUUCAACGGGGAGGUCCAGACUGUUCUCAGGAGACAGUGGAACCUUCUGCGGAUGCAGUCCGCCGGCACGUUUGCCAACCCCGAGUUCUUCCGUUCGACGUACUACGCGACGUCGUCGCUCACCGAAGUGCAUCGGUGCUACAGCAUCGAGAGCCACGCCGAGCACGCGAAUGGAAAGAGCUGCUCUGACAUUUUCAGAUCGGAAAGCCCUUACGUGUAAUAAACAAGAUUCCACUGACUAAACGGACGUGCAAAACAACAACAACAACAAGUUCAGAGAGCGGUUUGGAUUGUCAUCUUUACAUUUUUCACCAGCCUAGACUUGACGAUGGCAACCGAGUGGAUUUUCUCAUGUCAAUCUAUGUGGCCUUUCUAUAUGAAUAAUUGUACAAAGCUAAAAUGAGGACGUUGAUUAAUCUUUUGGAUUCUACUCGCUGUUUGCAUUUUGUUUCACUGGUUUCAUUGUAUUUUCAUUUAUGUACAAGAUUCUAAAUGCUGGAGAAAGGAGAGGAGUGUGUUUCACCGGUGUGUGUUUCACACCGCGUGUUGACAUUUGCACCGUUUAUUGACAGGAAGCUACCGACACACUGUAUUGCAGUGAGACCUAUAAUGUCUAAUUUAAACUGCUCAAAGACACUCUCUGAGACACAAUCUGUCACAUGAACUGUUUUUCCGCAUUUGACCCGAGAUGCUCGUAUUGGUUUGGGUUUCCGCUCCAAUUCUCUUGAGUGUUUGCAGAUUGUUCUACUGUGACACUGUGACAACACAGUGGAUUUCUCUUCAUAUAUUAGAAGACGGUUUUGUUGCCGAUGGUUUCCUGAUUUUCGUAUGUGCGGUGAUGAAUUUGAAGUCGUCCUAGUUUUCUAUUCCGAUAUUCGAGAUUCUAUUCUGUGACUUCAACUCCGGUCGCACGUUAAUGGCCCUGGUCGAAGCUUCGCGGUUCGGAUAAUCUGGCUGGUUUGGUUGUUCCGCUUUCUUGUGAAGCCGCAUUAAAUAAGGUCGAUUUUCUAGUGUGCGAGACAUGUACAAAGACAUCUUUUGUGACUUUUGGCGCCCACGACGCCGACUUUUUGUCUGGACCGCUUUUAAGAUUCUCCAAUGAAGCUUAGACCCUAAAACAGCGAUAAGUGAUCGCUCACCCAAUGUGUGGAUAGUCCAAAAUAAACCCAGGUAAAACAGGUGAAUGUCCCUUAUUCACGUUUUGACCCUUUUCUCAAUGUCUUCCUGUGAACAAAAUAAUUCUUUGUUUUUGUCACAAAACACUAAAAUUGUUAUUUUUCCGUAUUUAAUCUAGCUCACCUUCAUGUUCUUAAAGCAACCGUUUUUACAUAAUAGUAUUUAAACUAUUUUGUUCUUACUGAAGUAAUAAUACUGUAAAUAAAGACUUGUUGAUUUCAAAA